AUGCCUCAAAUAUUUGCUCAUGGACAGAAAUAUAGAGUAUUAUAUCAACAUAUCACAUAUCAAAGUCCUGACGAUGGCAACGUCCCCCCCAUUGGUCCCAAUUGUCCUCGUGGUGGGCGCCCCCUUGUUGCACAUGCGAGCUGGCGGGAACAGGCUAAGGCAGUUCGUUCCAACCACAUUACCGCUGAUGCCCUCAUUGGAGCCCUUGCCACUCCUCGCAUAGAUGCCGCCUCCCCUUCUCUCAAUUUUUGCGCAUGGGUUAAGGAGAUUGUGUCUUAUCUCCAACACCCCCACUAUGUCAACUUAGGAGGGGGGUCCAUUGGAGAGACUAUAGCAUGCUGUCAUUCAAUCUCCCACCAGCAGAAUGGGUCCAGCUUUGUUGCAAUGCUCACAUAUAUGCAGCUAGCGAUACAGUGUCAAAGCUUGAUCAACACCUACAAGGAGCGCUCUAGUAUUUGUUGGGUUUACGACGACCAUGUUGCUCAGUUGCCCAAUGCCCCUGCCCAGACUACCUUCAAUCGUUGGAACGCUAUUGGAUGCAAGUUCAUAUCGCUUGCUGCUGGUGGAUCGAUCUACAUCUUGGUUCUGAUCGCGGGCCUCGACAUGCGGUGGAAAAUCGCAACACUGGGAGGUUGUAUUCCAUGGGAAGUUGGAAAGAUGCUGAGACAGCCGGAAAUGUGCAAAACGCCCACAUUGAUUCUUCAGCGCAUAAUCCCUGCAAUCGCUUGGAUCAGAUCUCAUCUGCCUCUGUCCCUCGAAAAAGUGUUCUGUCCUUCUCUCCUGGCCAGCGUUGGGUUAAAUGAAACCCUAGAUUGUACCAACCUAUCAGUCACCGACAAAGUUUUCGAUGCUUUCAAGCAAAACAAUUAUAUUCUUCCUCCUCGUCAUUUCGACUCCUGGAUGGACUGCACUACUGCAGUAGUGGAGGCGAUGAUUGUUAUCAGAGGCAAUGGUCACAUCAGCAUGGAUCAUAGGGUCAACCCCGGUUACUCAUAUUACACCAUUCGUACUGUGGAUCAAGCCAUUUGCAGGAUACCAAAGGUUAGUGUCAUCCAGACUACCUUUGACCAUGAACAUCCUGACAACCGCAAGUUCCCUGCUGAGACUGAUCAAAAUGAGAACAUCUUCUGGACCGAACAGGAGCGAGUAAGGGCAGAGGCUGGUGUUGUUAUCCAAGAUCUUGAUGAUUUGCGCAAUAAGUUGGACCAAAGAUAUGCUAAUGGCAGCAGCGAGGACACCGACACUUAUUUGCGCAUCCCUAUGGAUGCAUUCCAAGGUGCACUUGAUCUGAGAAAUGCAGAUGACAGUCUGAUGGCCUUCGUCUGUCCAACACUACCCGAAUCCAUCCGCAGUAACCUCCUCAGUUCAUUCCUUGCAUGCUUUGAUGGAAAUGAGGUCUUGUGCGUGCGAAAAUUGAAGGAUGACUUUCACGCAGAUGACUGCCAAGAUCAGGACACACAAAUCGAGCAUCAUGACAGUGUUACCUUGGAGAAGGUGGCGGAGAAGGUUCUUAAAAGUUCAUUUCAUUGCCUCCACUUUUCUAUUUGGAAUCGCUAUGCUACAAAGGGUGAUCAAGCUCCCACUGAUAUUCAUCCUCACUAUAUGAGCAGAGAGGACGUUAGUCGGACCAACCAUUCCCAAACUUUACCCUACCAGUCAAGGGAUAUUCUGGAGCACCAACAACUCUACAACAACAUUCUCCUGGCAUUUGGUGAGCUUUUUGAAUGGAUUGAUGACGUGAUCAAGGAAUGCUUGCCCACAGAGUACGAGGUCCUAGUUGAACUUGCUCAAGACCUACCAGGUGGUGAAGUAUCACCUGUGACACCAUUUCUCUCUCUUGUUGUCAACCUGAAUGUAUCGACCUUGGGUCAUCAUGAUAGGUUUGACAAGGACUUUUGUCUUGUCCUUCCAUUGGGCAACUUCAAGGGUGGGGCUUUGGUAAUGUUUGAGCAGUGUUUGGUUUUGGAACUUUGCAGUGAUGACUUUGCUAUAUUUCGUUCUGGUGAAACAACGCACUUUAACUUACCAUAUGAGGAUAAAAGCUUUGAUGUUUGGAAGGACACAUGCAAUGGCUGGGCACCCAAUGAUCAUUUCCAUUGA